AAGCUGUAUAACGGUUGUCUGAGCUCGCCCAGUCAAUACCCAAACUUUCUUAUAAAGAAUGGGUCACUUUAUCGGCUGAGCAAGAACAAGUGUAACCUUACUUCGGAGUUCGCGUGGAAGGAGGUCGUCCCGAGAGACUUGCGUGAUAAGGUCAUUGAGGACAAUCACUCGGAGCCAACCUCAGGACAUCUUGGUACCUUUAAAACCUAUAGGCGUGUAGCUUUAUGCUAUUAUUGGCCUGGGAUGCACCAAGAUGUCGUGAAGUUCGUAGGCUCAUGCCCCAAGUGUUUGUCGUACAAGUCACCAAAUCACGCAACCUUAGGUGAAAUGGGUCGUCCGAAGCAGUGCUCACGACCAUUUCAGAUGAUCUCGGUUGACUUUGUUGGUCCUCUUCCCGUGACAAAGAAGCAAAACAGCUACCUCUUAGUUGUCACUUGUUGCUUCUCGAAGUUUUGCAUGAUCUUCCCCUUGCGAAAAGCUACAGCCGAUGCUGUUGUCAGGAUUCUGGAGGACUCCGUCUUUCUGAUUCACGGAAUUCCCCAGACUAUAUUCCUGGACAACGGCAGUCAAUUUAUUAGCCAUGUUACUAGUGCAUUCUUCAAAAAAUAUAACAUCCCCAACAUAUUUUUCACCCCCAGGUAUACCCCCCAAAUUAAUACGGUGGAAAGGUAUAACAAGACCAUUGUCACCUGCUUAUCAACUUUUGUUGAUAAUGACCAUCGGUCAUGGGAUACCUUUGUGCCUAAAAUUCAAUUCGCCAUCAACAACUCUGUCAAUGAGGCCACAGGAUUCACACCAUCUUUUCUUGUUUAUGGUCGUGAACUUGUUACCUGCGGCUCUCACUAUACUGACAGUGACUUGGGUGAUGAGGUUUUAUUUCUGCCUAGGGACAUUUAUGCUGAAAAUUUGGGAUGUCUUUCGUCCAUUUUCAAUGAUGUUCAGGCCACUCUUUGGCAUGCACAUGUUAAAAAUACGUCCCAAUACAACUUAAGACGAAAACAGGCGGAAUUCAAUGUCGGAGACGUAGUCUUUAAGCGAACUUACGUUUUGAGUGACAAGGACAAGUACUUCAGUAAAAAACUUGCGCCUAAAUUCAUCCAGUGUCGUAUUACCGCGAAGAGAUCGCCACUCGUCUAUGAGCUAGAAGACAUGUCAGGUAAAGAUUUGGGCACUUGGCAUAUAAAAGACCUGAAACUGUCUCGUUUCCCUAGCCGAAAAUAAUUUUUAUUCUGCAAUCAUAAAUAUUUCCCUUUUUUUUUAAACGUGACGUGAACAUUACCCAAACGCUUGUUUUUAACAUUUAACAUCAUAAUAAUAAUAAUAAAUUGUCAAGAUACUAGUCAUUUUUUGCUAUAUUUUUUUAUUAAAAAAAAAAAAAAGAAUGACUUAUUUUAUAAAAGGUUUUGCGUUAAUAAUCUAAUAUGAUUUUUAUUGCUUAGUUUGAAUGUGGAAGUAUGAAGUUGAAGAUUGAAUGUUUUUUCUAACAGGUAUGCAUGAAAGUGUAGUGUUUUACAUUUUAUUUUUAUUAUUUAACCGGAUUUUAUUUAGGAUAAAAUCCUUUCCGUGAGACGGGGGGUAAUGUAACGUUGUAGACGUACAUGUCUUUAAUUAAACAUAUUUUUAAACUUAAACUAGCCUAUUUUCUUAUUUUAAAAAUUAACUUCACAAUAAAUAAAAUAAAACAUUAAUUAAAUCAAAUAACUAAAACUAAAUAACAUUUUAAAACAUAACUUCUUUUAAAGUACAUUCGCACUCAAAAUACUGAAACGUAAUCUGUAGUCAUAAACAGUUUAUGGUAGAAAUUUAGUUUCAUAAACCUGCCCACAUUUUAAUAUUGGUAGAAAUUUAUUGUUCAUAACCUGGUAUUAUUUUUAACAUUCCGUGACAUCGUGACACUUUCAACGGCUGUCGCCGCUCGCUAGUGAUUCAUUAGCUUUGCCAUCACUGGACUCGAACGUACGCUUGCGCAUCUGAUUAAUAAUUGCUUUCGCACAUAUAACUGCGACUUUAAAGUAAAUUUGAAAUAGAUAGUGCACCUUAAGUGUCCUAACCGUUCCGGGUCCGCUAUACAAGGCGCUGCUGGCUCUGUGUACCUGUGUUUUACAUAAAUCCUCAAACCCCAUAUUGGGGUUUCAGUACGGGAUUUAGAAGACCUAGGCUUCUCGCUUCGCUACCUACUGCUGCAUCACCCUCUGCUUCGCUUCCGCUUCGGACCUACAGCUGAGCACGGCGACCUACAACCCUGCCAGUGGCUGACGACCUGUUCCACCGGCAUCUGACCAUCCAGGGGAGUGCUUGAACUACGCAGUGAAAUCAGAUACUAGGCCGACACACCACGACCCGUUCUACCGACUUAGGUGGCCUGCGGCCAUCAAUAAAUUACUUUCGUUGGACCUA